AUGCUGAUGGAAAAAUGGCUUUUAUUAAGCAUCUUGGUUAUAGCUAGCAUUUGCAUCCUUAAAGGUGUUAAAGCUGAAAUACAAAAAACUACUGACACAAGGAUUGUAAAUGGCGAUGCGUCGGGUGCGGGGUUCGUUACAACCGAGAAAAGGACUCAUCUUUCUGGGAUUCGUGUUGAAGGAUUUCCUGCUGAAGAUGAUGGUUUUGUUGGAUAUACAGAAAAGGAAGUUUCAAUUGUGCAUCCUGAUACCGAAGUUCGUAUCAUUAUAUUCGGCUUUGGUAUGGAUGAUAUAGCUUUGGUCGCUUUUGCAACAAAUCCUUAUAACUGCUCAAACUAUGUGGUCGCAAUUUCUCAGCCAGAUUUUUUGAUUCAAACAGAAAAGAGAGUAGUCGUCAAAGCAUCGUUUCCAGAUUCGAAAGAACCAUAUUAUGUAUGCGUCCGCCAAAAGCCUAGGGAGACACCGACUGGUGAAGAAGUUCAAAUGAAUUUUUCAGCAUUGCAUGAUAUCCGCGCCACAAUAUCAACAGAAAUACCACCAAGGAAAUAUUAUUUACCUGUGGCUGUACAAGUAGCCUUGAUAUUAUGUCUUUUUGUUUUGUCAGGGCUUUUUUCUGGUUUAAAUCUAGGAUUAAUGGCACUCACACCGCAGGAGUUGAUGCUCAUUCAAAAAUCAGGGUCAAAAAUGGAGCGUGCCUAUGCAGAAGUAAUUUUGCCCGUACGUCGAUCUGGCAAUUUACUAUUAUGUGCAUUGCUUAUUGGUAAUGUUUGUGUAAACUCAGCGAUUUCGAUCUUAUUUGAUGAUCUUACGAGUGGAUAUGUUGCUCUUAUUACUUCAUCCGCGGGUAUUGUAAUUUUCGGCGAAAUUUUUCCACAAAGUCUUUGUGUAAAAAAAGGUUUAGCUGUUGGCGCGAGAACAAUAUGGAUUACACGUUUUUUUAUGGUUCUAACAUUUCCUCUUGCUUAUCCUAUUAGCAAGCUUUUGGACUGUGUAUUGGGUGAUGAGGUUGUUUCUUAUGAUAGAAAGCGUUUGAUGGAGUUAAUAAAAAUGACAACACGUGAUGAAGAAGGUUUAGCUGAGGAGUUAAAGAUUGCUGUUGGUGCAAUGGAAAUAUCUGACAAGACUGUAUCUGAUGUUAUGACGAAAAUUGACGAUGUUUUCAUGUUGCCGGACACUACAGUUCUUAAUACGAAAACUGUGGCAGAAAUAUUACGAAUGGGUUAUACUCGAAUUCCAGUUUAUUCAGGCGAUCGUAACUCGGUAGUUGCGUUACUUUUCGUGAAGGAUCUUGCACUUCUUGAUCCUGAUGAUAAUUUUACGAUUCAGACAGUAUGUGGAUUUCAUGAGCAUCCUCUACGCUUCGUUAUGCAGGAUACACCAUUAAGGGUUAUGUUGGAGGAGUUUAAAAAGGGUGAUUACCAUUUGGCUAUGGUUCAACGUAUAGUAGAAUCGGAGGAGAGUGAUCCAAUAUAUGAACUUGUAGGGAUAGUCACAUUAGAAGACAUUGUCGAAGAAAUCCUCCAGGCCGAAAUCGUUGAUGAAACUGACGUUGUCACUGAUAAUGUAAAUCGGAUUCGUCGGCGUGGUGCACAGGUCUUUUUUCUCCUUUUUGGUUUACCAUCUUUUGAGCAGAUGCGAAAAAAAAUUGAAUUCUUUUUUAUUUUUUAUCGAGUCGAGUCGAGUUUUCACAAACGUCCCAUUCGAUAG